GCUCCGGCAGGAGCAGUCCCCAACCCAACCUACAGGCACUGGGAACUUGCAAGCAGCCAGGGACCGCUGAAAAUAACACUUCUUUUUCUUUCUUUGUGUUCAAAACUAUUUUCUUUCUUUACCAGAUUUUGUUGUCCUCCCCCCUCUGCAGUUGUUUCCCAUUAGUAACUCGAUCUCUCAGCGCAGUAAGAGUCGCCUUCUUCGCCUCCUUUCCCCUCUGCCCGUGUUUGUUUGUUUUCUGCACAUCUCCUUCAGGAAGCCGCUGGGGCUUUCUCCCUUCUUCUUUUCUCUUUUCUGAGCAGACCCGUUUCCACUCCGUCUGCCUCUUUCUUCUUCCCUCUUCGCCCUCUGUCCCCGAGCGAGCGUCUGUCUCCGCAACUCCCCCCCAUCGCGCAGCCUCUGCGGUCCCUUCUCCUUCCCUCGGAUGUGCUGAGAACCCCGGGCGUGUGUAUAUGGAAAUAGUGGGGUGCCGAGCAGAAGACAACUCGUGUCCUUUCCGCCCCCCAGCCAUGCUCUUCCACGGGAUCUCCGGAGGCCACAUCCAAGGCAUCAUGGAGGAGAUGGAGCGCAGAUCCAAGACCGAGGCCCGCCUGGCCAAAGGCGCCCAACUCAACGGCCGCGAUGCGGGCAUGCCCCCGCUGAGCCCAGAGAAGCCCGCUCUGUGCGCAGGCUGCGGGGGCAAGAUCGCCGACAGGUACUACCUGCUGGCCGUGGACAAACAGUGGCACCUGAGGUGCCUGAAGUGCUGUGAAUGUAAGCUGGCCCUCGAGUCCGAGCUCACCUGCUUCGCCAAGGACGGUAGCAUUUACUGCAAGGAGGAUUACUACAGAAGGUUCUCUGUGCAGAGAUGUGCCCGCUGCCACCUUGGCAUCUCCGCCUCCGAGAUGGUCAUGCGUGCCCGAGACUCUGUCUACCACCUGAGCUGUUUCACCUGCUCCACCUGCAACAAGACCCUGACUACGGGCGACCAUUUUGGCAUGAAGGACAGCCUGGUGUACUGUCGCGCCCACUUCGAGACCCUUUUGCAAGGAGAGUAUCCUCCGCAGCUGAGCUACACGGAGCUGGCGGCCAAGAGCGGCGGCUUGGCCCUGCCUUACUUCAAUGGCACAGGAACGGUGCAGAAGGGGCGGCCCCGGAAGCGGAAGAGCCCCGCGCUGGGAGUGGACAUCGUCAAUUACAACUCAGGUUGUAACGAGAAUGAGGCCGACCACCUGGACCGGGAUCAGCAGCCAUACCCCCCCUCGCAGAAGACCAAGCGCAUGCGCACCUCCUUCAAGCACCACCAGCUCCGGACCAUGAAAUCCUACUUCGCCAUCAACCACAACCCGGACGCCAAGGACCUCAAGCAGCUUGCUCAGAAAACAGGCCUGACCAAAAGAGUUUUGCAGGUUUGGUUCCAAAACGCACGAGCCAAAUUCAGAAGGAACCUUUUGCGGCAGGAGAAUGGGGGUGUUGAUAAAGCUGAUGGCACGUCGCUUCCGGCCCCGCCCUCAGCAGACAGCGGCGCUCUCAGUCCACUCGGCACUGCGACCACUUUAACAGACCUGACCAAUCCCACUGUCACUGUAGUGACAGCCGUGACCUCUCACAUGGACAGCCACGAAUCCGGAAGCCCCUCACAAACUACCUUAACGAACCUUUUCUAACAUUGUUUUUUUUUUUUUUAAUGCUUCCUCUUCUUUUUAUUAUUAUUCUAAUUAUUAUUUUAUUAUCUCCAAGACUAUUUUUUUUUUCUAACCCACAAGCUAUUUGGGAAAUAGAAACAACAGCUCGGUGUGUAGCUUCUGCAGCCACUUGGCAAAUGAGUUUAUUAUAGUACUGUCUCCUUUACAAAGUGUAUUUUUUUUUUUUGUCUACAAAGUGUAUUUGAAUUUUUCAGAAAAAAUUAAUUAGAUCUUUCAGUCGGUAAGGGGAGUUUUGGAAUCAUUCUAAUAAGUGCCUCUUAAAAUUGUAUGUUACUUAUUUCCAGAAUCUCAAAGAAAAAAAAAAGAGUGGUAUUAUGAUGGGUAAAUAAUCAUAUUCCCAGUUAAAUCAUGAGGUUAUUAAAGAAUCAGAUAUUUAACUAAAAUUAUUAUUUUAAUAUUGCAAUUGUAUGUGUAUUUACAGAAUUUUGAAAACUUCACAUUGUUUUUUUAAAUUUUAAAACCAAAAAAAUAUUUUGAUGAUUCCUUUUUCUUACAAAUGAGGAAUGUGAUUUAACAAAAACAUUACAGCAAAUCUAAAUAUUAAAGAUUAAUUAGGUGGAAAA